ACAGGAGUGCACUCAGUAAUACACCCCUACUCUGCAGAGAUCCCUCCACUGGCCUCCACUCAGUGUCCUCCACCCCUCUCUGCAAUCCCUCCACUGGCCUCCAUUCAGUGUCCUCCACCCCUCUCUGCCAAUCCCUUCACUGGCCUUCAUUCAGUGUCCUCCACCCCUCUUUGCCAAUCCCUUCACUGGCCUUCAUUCAGUGUUCUCCACCCCUCUCUGCCAAUCCCUUCACUGGCCUCUAUUCAGUGUCCUCCUCCCCUCUCUGCAAUCCCUUCACUGGCCUCCAUUCAGUGUCCUCCACCCCUCUCUGCCAAUCCCUUCACUGGCUUCCAUUCAGUGUCCUCCACCGCUCUCUGCCAAUCCCUUCACUGGCCUCCAUUCAGUGUCCUCCACCCCUCUCUGCCAAUACCUUCACUGGCUUCCAUUCAGUGUCCUCCACCCCUCUCUGCAAAUCCAUUCACUGGCUUCCACUCAGUGUCCUCCACCGCUCUCUGCCAAUCCCUUCACUGGCCUCCAUUCAGAGUUCUUCACCCCUCUCUGUCAAUCCCUUCACUGGCCUCCAUUCUGUGUCCUCCACCCCUCUCUGCUAAUCCCUUCACUGGCCUCCAUUCAGUGUCCUCCACCCCUCUCUGCCAAUCCCUCCACUGGCCUCCAUUCAGUGUCCUCCACCCCUCUCUGCCAAUCCCUUCACUGGCCUCCAUUCAGUGUCCUCCACCCCUAGCUGCCAAUCCCUCCACUGGUUUCCACUAACCCAACAUAUAAAAUUCCAAAUACUAAGCACAGCUUACAAAGCCAUCCACAACACUGCCCCUAGCUACAUCAUCAGCCUCAUCCACAGAUACCACCCAAAUCGCCCACUCCGCUCCUC